AUGGAGCUGCAGUCAGGCUGCCCUGCUGGGUGCCUGGCCAAAUUGUCAAACAAGGCUAAUUGCUUCAUCGUCAUCGCUGUCCUUGCCUUCGUGGCCAGCGGAGCCUUCGCCCAGAAGGUUGAAGGACGAACUCUAGUGGGACCUGGACUCGGAGGCUACGGCUACGGCGCCGGUCUUAGGCCCGGACUCGUCGGCGCGGGGCUUGGAGGUGCAGGUUACGGAGCGGCUGGCCUCGGCGGUUACCGCAGACCCGGUUUCAUUGGUGCACCAGUAGGAGGUGCAGGUCUCAUUGGCGCCGGUGGUCUUGGAUACGGCGGGCUUGGCUACGGUAGCGGCCUCGGCUAUGGAGGUGGCUACCAGUCCGGCUACGGCUCUCUGGCGGGAGGCCACCUCGGAGGAUAUCGAGGGGGUGCUGCCGGCUUCAACCAGGGAUCAGCGGGUUUCGCAGGUGGUGCUGCCAACAGACACGUCAACGCUUACAACAACAACCGAGGUUACAGUCACACCUCGGGCUUUUCGUCAUCUGGCAGCAAUACUUUCGGCUCCGGACACAGGCAGAGUUCAGCCGGUUUUGGGGGUGGAGCUGCUGGCCACCAGGGAGGAUAUGGACACUCCGGGUAUGGUCAGCAUGCCGGCGCUGGUCUCGGUGGUGGAUACCUUGGCUAA